AUUCAUGAUUUCUAGAAUAUUAUUCUGCAGCUAAAGGCAAACUUAGCGGAGUAAAUAAUAAUCAACUCGGAAUCAACGGAAAAAACAUUCAAAUUAAUAAUAAGGAAGAUGCAAGAUGAAAUGCUGGAGUUGCAACUAGCCAAUCAAAUGAGCCCCGAAGUCCAAUAUAUUGCUAAUGGUGCAAUCAGGCAGAUUUAGCUGGAGAAAGGUUUACGGCUAUAAGCACAAAUUGGAAAUAUACCAAUGCAGAAGAAACAAUAACAAUUAGACUCUACUCACUGCAGUAUUACAUUCUAUUUAUGAUAAAUGAAAUGGAUUUACUAAUGUAGACUAAAACAAAGUAUACAUGCAACAUCGGGAAAUUAAAUAUUAGAUCUUAAAUAAGAGUUUUUACAAGUCUAUGAUUUACAACAUUUAUACAGAUUUAGUUUGAAUCAACUUUGGUCAACUUCUGGAUUAAGAGCAAGGAAUUGAUACCUUCAUUAAAUCUACUUAUAUCUAACAAAACAAGAAUCCAGAAAAUAAAGGAAAUGGUCUGCGACACAACCAACUCCAACAAUUAUUGUGAUUCAGGAAGGAGUUUUGCCAAAAGUACACACUGUUAGAUGUUGAUCAUAUUGACUACAAAGGAAAUCACACCAAGUGAAAUUAUUGAGGAACAGGACAUACCGAGUCAAUGGAACCAAUUGUUUUGUAAAAAAGACAUGUAGGAAAUAGGUGAAAUAAUUGAUAAUCAAACAAAAAUAGACAAAAUAGAUAUUUCUCUAUUGAUAUUCAUGACUGGUCGUCGUAAUCAUCUAAGUGACACAUUAAUCAAAUCGUGGAAAAUAUUUUCGAAGUGGAUUUACAUUACUUUGCCGAUGCUUUGGAAGAUAAAUGAACGAUUGUGCUAAGGAAUAAAGAAAACUGAUUACCAUGCCAAAUAUUUCCAAAUGAUACACUGUAAAUCAAAAAAAACAUUGCAAAGUGAAUCAAUAAAUAAUUCGCUAUGGAGCAAGGUGAUGAUAUCCUAGAACUCUUUGAUAACGUGACGGAACAUGUGAUAAUGAACAACGACAGUGAAAAAGCACCUAUAGUUCUGACUCCUGCACAGCAACAAAUUCUAGUAUCUCUCAAUGUCUAUUUGAAUGGUGUUUUCUCCAACAUUAUUGUAGCGUUAGGUAUUAUUGGCAAUAUCUUAACAAUUGUUGUACUAACAAGGCGUUCAAUGAAAUCAUCAACUAACUCUUUUUUGACAGCUUUAGCAGUAUGGGAUACAUUGGUGCUUGUAUGUACAGCAUUGAUCUUAAGUCUACCUGGGAUACCUGGUUUUACAUGGUAUACUAGUUUUGUACUGGCAUACGCUGUAUCCUAUGCCUACCCGGUAGCCCUGAUGGCCCAAAUGGCAACAAUAUGGUUGACUGUUGCCUUCACAGUGGAACGAUACAUUGCAGUAUGUCACCCACUAAAGGCUGCAAGAAUGUGUACGAUCAAAAGAGCUCGCUUGGUUAUCUCUGGCGUAUCCAUAGCUUCAAUUUUAUAUAAUAUCCCACGCUGGUUUGAGUUUACACCAUUUGAAGAACUUAAACCAGAUAAUACCACAGAUUUCUAUAGACCAAAUCUUACCCCAUUUGGAAAGAACCCCACGUAUGUUGAGAUCUAUUACUCUUGGCUGUACCUUCCUGUAAUGUGUAUUAUCCCCCUGGCUGUCUUGGCAGUAAUGAACAUAUUCUUGAUACUCGCUGUCAGGAAAUCGUCGCACCAGCGCAAAGACAUGAAUGUGAAACAAUCACGAGAAAAUAACGUAACAAUUAUGUUGGUGUCUGUUGUAAUUGUAUUCAUAUUAUGCCAAGUACCUGCUCUUGUUUACAAUACUGCUUACGCUAUAAAUAGAAAUUUUGUGGAAUCAGACUUUGGAUGGAAAAUUUUAUCUAUGGUUCGUAAUUUCCUAGUUCCGUUCAAUUCCUCCAUAAACUUUCUAUUGUAUUGUGCGUUUGGACAGAAGUUUAGAAGCACUUUUAUGCAGACCUUCUGCCCAUGUUGCGUCAAACACGACUGCAACCGUUCUAUUUCAAUAAUGAACCAACAGAAUACAUUACGAUAUUCCCGGAUUUCUCGGUCUUCACGCGGAGGCUCCCCUAAUCAAGAUACAAGCCGAACAACAUCGUCUCUGAUCAAUAGAUCAUCGCAGGAGUCUACAUUAACGUCUGACGGAACUAGCUGCCACUAUCAUGUUAAACAUAAUGGUAACAAACGAGCCCUUGACACUCCACAAAAGGACAAACAGCUUCUUAUAAUAACUAAACACCCAAGAAGUGAAACAUUAAGCAUUGAAAGUGACACAACCCUUUUGCCACUUGCAUCUGAGAAUGGCAGUGAAAAAGAUGCGCUGUUUGUUUACAAGCAAGACAAUUGCAAUAACCUCCUAAACAAACCAGACUGAGGAAAAUAACAAACUGAGAAUUCCAUAAAAUAGUUUUUAAGGUUGCAUUAAUUUGAUAUGGACAUAUAAGUAAAUAGGCUUAUGAGUGAAUAACCUAUAUAGAUCACUUUCAUAACAAGGAGUGAAAAAAUGUAGAAGGAAACUUUGAGGUGUCAAUCGAAAAACAAUAUUUUCACAAACAGUUUUCCUACCAUAUUCUCUGGAAUCAGCACCCACUCUCUAAUAAGCGUCCAUCCCGCUUCACAAAGUUCAAGAAAUAUCAAGGAAUGACCAAGUAUU